CGUCUGGCGUCAUUCCAUCGAUUGGAAGUGUGCAGCAAAGAUGGCAGGCAAGAACAGCAAGGAAGAUAAAAAGGAAGGUGGAUUUCUACGGUUUCUUUACAACCCCGACACCAAAGAAGUUCUCGGCAGGACAGGCCUUAGUUGGUUCAAGAUCACUGUGUUCUACAUCAUCUUCUACGCAUGCCUUACUGCAUUCUGGACGAUUAUGCUCAUUGUCUUCUACCAGACUCUAGAUGCAUUCGAGCCCAAGUGGACCCUCGACUCCAGCACCAUCGGCACUGUCCCUGGUUUGGGCUUCAGGCCACGUCCCCCAGAAUCAACUGUAGAUAGCACACUAAUCUACUUCAAGGCUGGCAGUGGUGGAACCUGGAAGUACUGGGUUGAUGACAUCGUAGAUUUCACGAAAGACUAUAGGAGGCAAGAUUCAGACGGAGAACACGUGCAGACCUGCGGCUUCGCUGGACCCCGCGCCUCAAAGGACAAGGCUUGUAAAUUUUCGCUGGAAGACAUCAGUGCUAACUGCUCAGAGGCUCAGAACUAUGGCUACGAAUAUGGUCAGCCUUGCGUCCUACUCAAACUAAAUAAGAUCUAUGGUUGGGAACCCGAACCUUACGCCAAUGAGUCCCUUCCAGCCAACAUGCCAGAUGAGAUAAGGAAAGCGUAUGACGGACGUUACAUCUAUAUUUCUUGCGAAGGAGAGAACGUCGCGGAUCAAGAAAACAUGGGUCCGCUAGCCUUCUACCCCGCGAACACCAUAGCGAACUACUACUAUCCCUACAAGAACGUUCCGGGAUACAUGUCUCCGUUUGUAUUCGUCCAGUUCAUGCGUCCAGAGCGUGGUGUGCUCAUCAACUUGGAGUGCAAAGCGUGGGCAGCCAACAUCAAACACGAACGUCAGGACCGUGUCGGCAGCGUCCACUUCGAGCUCAUGAUCGACUGAAGUGGAGUGGUUAGGCACCAUUGCCCUGACACUCAUCCUUUUCUUUUUUUCUUUUUUUUUUGUACUUUCAUUUACACGUGCGGGGCGCGGACUGCAAAAUCGUCAUUAGCACUCUUUUUUUUUUUUUUUCUCACUGCUAUUCCGAACAUGUUGUGACCGUCCCCUCCCCAACCCCGUUGGCAUUUUGAAAGAAUCCAGCCCUGGUGACACACCAUUCCGAAACUUCGUUGGUUUAAUUUUUUAACGCGGCUCCUUAUACGUGGUACAUAGUUUCUACGAGAAGCAGUUAUCGAAGGAAGUUAUACAUACAUACAUUAUCUCAAAGUGCUGGGAAGACUUUACAUGUGGGCGAAAGAGGAUGUACAGAUUCUUUUUUUUUUUUUUUUGUCAUGUAUGUAUGUGUUUUAGAAAAGGGCUGUCCAGUCAUCCGUUGCAAUGGAAGAGAUAGUUUUUUUUUUUGUAGCUCCACUCCGAUCUAGGACAACAAGAAGACUGCCACAAGCGGUAUUUUGUUAAGAAGCGUAAGUUUUUUUUUAUAUAUACAUACACAUAUAUAUAUAUAUAGAGAGAGAAAGAGUUUCGUGUCAGAUUUCUUGUACAUAGGACAUACCAGCCUCGCUAGCAUCACAUCUACGUUUAGGUGCACAGCUUUACGAACAAUAACCUGUGCUCUGAUAGGGCGGUUUCAUUUCUCCUGUUUUAAUCGUGGCCAUUCUCUGGCACAGUUACGGAUUUUAAGAUGUGGAAUUUUGCGAUAAUGCACUGUAUCGGGCGUGCGCAAGGAAUGGCAGGGCGCACUGUAUAGUUGACUUUCUCUAGCCAGUCAUAGUAUAAACGAAAAGAGAAGCAGUUGCAACACCCUCCUCCCUCGAUCGAUGACGAAGGCUUUGGGGGGUAUCCUUAAAUUGCGAUGGAACUCGAAAACGUGGCGCGUGUCGACAUCACUUGUUGUGCGAGAAUGAGAGUGAGAACUGUUGCCGGGUAGCAUGUAUAUGUCUGCAGAACAUCCUCUACCAGGUCACUUAGGAUAAACAUUUUUUAUUCUGUUUGGAAGAGUCAUCUUGCACUCUUUUUGUUGACACCUUGGCAUUCUUGCUGUAAAGCUCUCCACGGCAGUCGAAAGUACCCCCCCGAGGGCUGUCCGAAAGGUACCAAGGGUUAAGAACACUGAUAAUUUUUUUGUGACAUUUUUUUUUUUUUAACCUGAGUAGUGGACACUGCGGAAACACGAGCAAGGGAAGUCAGGGAAUAAGGCAGCUCGGUAUUGUCUGAAGCACCGUUCUCCAAAAGAACUUUCCUUGGUGCUGUGUAAUGUAGGAAGGCACCUUAAGAAGAGGUUACAAUAAAAGGUUUGAAGUCUG